CUGUGAACGUUAUCACUGCUUAUUGUUUCCCUCGAUCGUGGAAGUAUGAACGUGAUGCGAACAGACAUGCCGUUUCGACCACCGAGAGGGAGGCCGAUGAAUCAAACUAGAACUCGCGACCAACAACCGUUCGCCGUACCUUUUCCAACAGAAUAUCAAUCGAAAUUAAACACGAACAAUAGGCCAGCAACAAAUUGGAGAUCGACGAGUUCGAGUUACUCGAGAAGCUCGAAUCGUGGACGAAGCGUAGGCAGAACUCGAGGCUCAACGUCUUCUUUCUUAGCUGCCGGUUCACGCAACUAUGCUUCAAGAUCCGGCAAAAGCUCGAAAACCACCCCAGCGAUUGGUUCGAGCACGAUUGAAUCCGGCGGCGUGAUUGUCGCGGUGACAAGUGGUCGAGGGGAUGCGAGGGCCGAAGUAGGAAUGGCCGCGUUGGAUAUCCGAUGUCCGCAUUUGAUUCUCUGUCAGAUCUGCGACUCCCAGACGUACACGAACACCCUGACCAAAUUAUACGUGUUCGAUCCGAUUCAAGUUUUAAUGCCGGACACGAUGUGCGAACGCGUCGCCGACAGGAAUAUACUUCACCGUUUGAUCGUCGACAAAUUUCCGGAAAUGCAACCAACACCGAUAUCACGAAUGCAUUUUAACGACACGAUCGGAUUGGAACGGUUGCGAACCCUGUGCGCCGCGGAAUAUUCGUCCGUGGAGCUCUUUGUCAAGCACAAGUAUUACGCGUUAGCCGCGGCCGCUGCUCUGCUGAAGUACGUUGAAUUUUCCCACCUUAUUAUCUACUCACCGAGAUCGAUGCGAAUUGAAUUUCAAGGAUCGCCAAAUGCCACCAGCAUAGAUCUGGAGAGCGCGCGAAGCUUGGAGUUGGUUCAGUCGCAAUCCGGUCAACGAAAUCUUAGCUUGCUGGGAAUCCUCGAUCGUUGUUCGACACCGAUGGGCAGGAAACUGUUGCGUGCCAACAUCUUGCAACCUCUAUGCGAAGAGCGCGCGAUCGUUAACCGGCAAUCUUCGAUCGCCGAGCUGGUAACGAAUCGCUCGUUACGAAUUAUUCUUCAGCCGCUCGUACGCCGGCUUUACGGCGCGGACAGAUUGGCCGGCCUGUCGACGGCGUCCAUUUCCCAUGAAAACAGCGUGCAAUGCGCGGAGCAAAAUUUGAACUAUGUGCUUCUUUUGAAAAACAUGUUGGACACCGUUCCGGAGCUCGAGAGGGCCCUCGAAGAUGCCCAGACGGAUCUUCUGCGACAAAUCCGAAAGAGAUUGGAGAAUCCUCGAUUUCGGUUAAUGAGGGAACGGAUCCUCGAAACGAUACAUCCGGACGCGAGAUUCGUGGUAGGAUACACGUCGUCGAACAUGCAACGUUGCUUCGCCAUCAAGGCAGGGAUCAAUGAUUUAUUGGACAUAGCUCGACGAACGUACUGCGAGUUGAUCGAUGAUAUGAAAUCCAUGGUGGACAGUUUGGCGUCGAAAUUCAAACUGCCUCUUUCGCUGGGAUGUAACGGGACAAGGGGCUACCAUAUCCAAGCGAUUCCUCCGCGAAACUCGAGCGCGGAAACGUGGAAAUUUCCAACCGAAUUUAUCGAGGUGCAGAAAAGCAGGCGAGCUUACACGAUGACCACGACCGUGCUCACAACCUUGAGCCAGCAGUGCAAGAUCGCUUCCGAAGAAUUGCAUUUAAUGAGCAACGUGCUGCUCUGCGACUUGCUACAAAGUAUUCAAGAAUACAUCGAUUGCCUGUUUCAAUUGAACGACGACGUGGCAGAGCUGGAUGUAAUAAGUUCUCUCGCUCAAACGAGUUCCCUUCAUGCUUAUGUCAGGCCAACGUUUGGAUCCGAGCUGGAAUUACUCGAUUCCAGACAUCCGGUUUUGGAAGCUUUCGGUAUCGACGAUCCUGUACCAAAUAACGUUAGCGCAUCGAUACCUUGGAAUUUUCACAUAAUUUCUGGACCAAACAUGAGCGGCAAGUCGACUUAUCUCAAGCAGAUCGUGUUAUUGCAUAUAAUGGCACAGAUCGGUUGCUUCGUGCCAGCAAAACGAGCGACCUUUCGUCUAACGAAUCUGAUAUUUUGCAAAAUAGCUGUCCGCGACGACAUAGAAUGCAAUGCGUCAACGUUCGUUCUCGAAAUGAAAGAAGCACAAUACAUGUUGAGAUCGGUCACGUCAACAUCGUUAGUUGUUUGGGACGAACUGUGCAAGGGAACUGCUGUCGGAGAAGGUGUUUCGAUCGCGUGGGCCAUAUGCGAAUGGCUUUUACACACGACAGCUUUCGUUUUUGUCGCGACACAUUUUGCUUAUUUAACUAGACUAGCAGUCUUGUACUGCAACGUGACCAACCACAGCUUUGAAACGAUAAGAGUGCGGGAAACAUCACUGGACGACGAACAUUCGCACCGAUACACGCACACACAUCGGCUGAAAUUUGGUGUGGCAACCACGAACGAUUACGGUAUCGUUUUAGCAGAAUUGACGGACCUACCGAAAUCUGUCACAGAACAAGCGCGAAAAUAUGCUUCCGAAGAACGAAUGAUUGCUGCUAAUCAAAUUUCAAUCGAGACCAAUACCUGGGAACACACGUGCUAUCGUAUCGUCGCUAAAAUGUACCAGCUUCUUGAAAGAGAGGACGGGAAUGAAAACUCCGACUACAGAGGAAUACUCGCCGAUUAUGUGGAACAGAUAUCGAAUCUUCGAAUUCGAGCCUCUAACGAGAACAAUGAACACGCGGAAAAGAGAAUUGAACCGACAGCGAAUAAUGCCAACCAAGUUGUCGCAGAAGCAACGACUGACCGAUUAUACUUAAACGCUCGCACGUCGGAAAGUAUUAUUAACAAUGAACAUACGGAAAAGAGAAUUGAACUGACAGCGAAUAAUAUUGACCAAGUUGUUGCAGAAGCAACGGCUGACCGAUUAUACUUAAACGAUCGCACGUCGGAAAGUACUAUCGAUGAAACUCGGUCUCGCCAGAGUAUGGCGUCCAGAAUAAUUCAAGUUUCUAAUUCGCCGGAUCGUUUAACGCUCGAUAACAAAUCAGUCGAGAACCAAAGCGAACAUUCCCAGUUUCAAAAUGAUUCCUCUUGCGAUCGUAAUCUCGACCUCGACGAACGCGACGCAUCGCGUCAGCCAUCCUUUAAUUCAGUCGGGUCCCUGAUCUUCCGCUCGUCGUCGACCAUGAUCGAUAAUCUGGAAUUUCAAUCCCCCAACCAAUUUGAAAAAACCAACAUGUCGAUCGACACGUUCAUCGACGAGGCGGCAGCCCUGUCCCAGCCGCUUACAUCCGUUUCCAGUUCGCUGCCGACGCACAUGCCACUAACAUCCAUCUUAAAAUUGUCGAACACGAAUCUACACGAAUACUGUUUGUCUGAUUCCGACUUCGAUCUUGAUGUAGACCUACGCGACAGAUCUCAAACUUUUACUCCUUCUACAGUGCCAAUCUUCGAACCGGACGGAUCAACCGAUCUUACGAUUUAGUUAAACUAUUUUGAUAUUUAUUACGUGCAAUUAUUCUUUCGAUGUGUAUCGAAUAAUUUUAAUUGUAACGUAUCGUCAGGUUUACUGAAUUUUCUUUCAUUUUAUUCCGUUCCUUCAGAAAAUAUUACAUGCGCGCAUACGUAUUUGUGAUUUAUAUAAUUCUCUACAUUCGCGCUUAUAGACUACGAUGUAACCGAUUUUAGCAAUUAAAAGUCUCUUGUUGAUUAAA